UUCGUUGAGUUUGAGGGAUAUUUAAGCAUUUGAUCCAUAUACAUAUCGUCCCUUAAACAAAGUAUCACAUACUUUUACCAUUUCAGUGUUAGAGAUCUUACUUCAUUUCCUCUAAAACGAAAUGACUCCUCGAUCUUUCUCUCUCUUCUGCUUAACUCUCAUAUUCUACCUUUCCUUACACCACCAUCUUCUCUCAGCUUCUCAAUUCGAAGGAUUCGAUGCUGAAGACGACGAUGCAUCCGAAGAUUCCUCUGAUCUCCACCACUCUCUCCUGCCUCCGCCUACUAUCACCCAGUCACUUCCCGAUCCACAACCAUCUCCCGAUCCCAUCCCUGAAUCAGACCCCGAGCCUCCCUCAGAUCCCUCCUCCACGCCCUUCGAUUUCUGGGAUGAAGACGAGUUCGAAGGUCUGCCCGUGGAGACAGAGACGACGAUCGACUCUCCACUGACUGCAGAAAACGCCACAGAGACGGUAGAUCCAAAGAACACCUCCACAGCUCAAGAACAAGAAGAAGUCGUGAAGAAGAAGAAGUCGUACGCUAUCGAGAUCGCUUGCGUCUGUUUCUUGAUCGCUCUCGGAGUCAACUACUUGGUCGGAAAGCGUGAGAACGAGAGGCUCGCUUUAGCCUGGGCGGCCAAAUUCGCUUCCAAGGACACUAUAUUCCACAAGAAUUUCAGUUUGCUAGGGGUUGGUGACGGAGUGGAGUCGCCGUUGUUGCUUAAAGAAGCGUUGAAUGUGUUCAAAUUCUACGCGAGCGGACGCAGGUACUGCCAUGGGUUGCUUGCCACCAUGGAGCUUAAGAGCAGGCACGAUCUCAUCUCCAGGGUUUUCAACUUGGUGGUGCCUUGUAAAGAUGAGAUCACCUUCGAGGUUUACAUGAACGAAGAUGCCAUGGAUCAUGUCGUGUUCGCGAUGGCUAAGAAGAAGGCGGCCAAAGCUAUGCUAAAGGAGGUGAAGGAUCUGCAGAGAUUCGCUGGGGUUGUGUCUCCUCCCGCCGGGAGGAAGUGGGUUUCCGAGGAGCUGAGUGUGAUCUCUGAAUCCAAGGAAGUUGCUGGGGAUAUGAUCACAGACACUGUGCUUGAUCAGGUUUUUGGUGACAAGGCAAUGGAGAAGUAUGGGAAGAAUUUCAUGUCGAUGCAUAUCUCUGACCAACACCCUGGCAAACACAGGAAGAUGAUGCUUUUCAAGUUUUCCUUACCAGAUGCUAAACACAUGGAUGAUAUUGUCCGGCUAGUGGCGCUAAUUCCGUACUACAUCGACUUAGUAGGACGGUACAGACUCAGUUCCCAGGCACGGAACAAAACCGAGACCGGUAGGCAAAAGGCAGCAGAGGAAGCUUACAAGGAACUUCAGAAUGCUAGGCAAGAAGCAUUGCAGAAGAAGAAAGCAGAGAGGAAGAAACUGAUGGAGGAGGCGGAAGCAAAGCUGAGCGCAGAAGUGAUUAGGAAGAAAGAAGUUAAAGAAAGAGCAAGGCAGGUGAAAAAGGCAAUGCCCAAAGUUAAGAUGAGUCGUGGUCACUAAGCUAAAAGUUCAAUUUUGUUUCAUUAAGACCACUCUUUAAAUUUCAAAAGCAUAUCAAACCUUAUCACGUGUUUUACUCGGUAGCUUUCUUUUGCUUUUCAUUCUCCUAUCCAUUAAAAUACCAUUUUUGAAUGAUGUUGGAGCUUUUUAUGUUGAUGUGGAAAGUCAUGUGAGAGCUUUCUAGAGUAUUAAUGGCAAAUGGCAUAGGGCAGCCUUGUAUCUGUUGGAAUUUAGAG